CUCUCUUUUCUCUCGUUCUAUUUAAAUGCUACUGCUUCUCUGUCUCCGUCUCUGUCUCUGUCUCUGCCCGUCUCUCUCUCUCUCUCUGCACAGAGAUGAGGAUGAAGUGGAGCAGCCGCCUUUUGUGACCGUGAAGCACCGGUCACCGACAGAGUUGAAUCGUUUCACUUCAUUGCGAGCGAGUUCAGCGAGUGGAAUCUGGUAGAAGUAGGUCCUUUUCUUUUUCCUCUAUAAUGGUCUAAUUUCAGAGAAAUAUUCAGAAUUCUCUUUAGCUAGUUUAGUUGGGUUCGCCAUUAUCAUCGCUAGUUGAACUUUCCAACCGAAACCCCAUAACCUUUACAUUUACGCUUCGAUACUGAGAGUGAGAGAACUGGAAGGGUUCAGUGGACUUCAGGUUGAUUUAGCUUUGACGGAAAUAGAAUGGUGGAGGUUGAGAAUUCCUCACAAAUGACAUUUUCCAUUGCUUCUGGAGAAGCCAAUAAUGUAUCUAAUUUUGGUAAUCAAGCGCCGCCUCUCUCAGCGCCGCUACCAAAGAAGAAGAGAAACCUUCCCGGAAUGCCAGAUCCAGAUGCUGAAGUGGUGGCGUUAUCGCCAAAGACCUUAUUGGCCUCAAACCGUUUUGUGUGCGAAAUCUGCAACAAAGGCUUCCAACGCGACCAAAACCUCCAGCUUCACCGCCGCGGCCAUAACUUACCGUGGAAACUAAAGCAACGAACCAGUAGGGAACCACGCAAGCAGGUAUACGUGUGCCCAGAACCAGCUUGUGUUCACCACAAUCCAGCUAGAGCUCUGGGAGAUCUCACCGGUAUAAAGAAGCAUUUCUGCAGAAAGCACGGUGAGAAGAAGUGGAAGUGCGAACGCUGCUCCAAGAACUAUGCAGUUCAGUCGGAUUGGAAGGCCCACAUGAAGAUUUGUGGCUCUCGAGAGUAUAAAUGCGAUUGUGGGUCUUUGUUCUCCAGGAGGGAUAGUUUCAUAACGCAUAGGGCGUUCUGUGAUGUCUUGGCGGAGGAGAGUGCGAGGGCAAAAACCCUAACGAUUAUGGAUAAGGAGAGGAAUACGAAUCUAAAGAAUGUGAUUGCUUCACCGCCAUCUCCACCUCUUACGCCAUCAACCACUGUAGUUUCUUCGGGUGUCUUAGUUCAAAGCUCAGAAUUAGCAGAAAAUCCAGUUGGACAUUCAGUGUCAACGCCGGCAACUGCAUGCUUGAAUGCCACUAUUCCGAGUUCCAGAUCCAGCAGCUCUAUUAGCAAUGUAUUUGCCAGUGUAUUUGCUUCAUCAGCAAUGGCAGCGGUUAUCUCACAAGCAUCAUCUACCUCACUUUCCAAUUUUCUUUGCGCGUUACCUCACUCUGAUUGCCCCACUACAAUACAAACACAUAGAGCCGCAGAGCCUCCGUCGCUUUCACUUUCCUCUUCUUUCUAUCUCUCCAACAAUGCCUCCUUUUUCCCAGACCAAGACCAUCGACACUAUACUUUAUCUCCCCAACCUGCCAUGUCCGCUACUGCAUUGCUUCAAAAAGCAGCACAAAUGGGUGCAACAUCAUCAAACUCAUCAUUUCUCCGUGGCUUGGGUUUGCCAGUAUCAUCUUCCUGUAGCCAAGAUAUCAACGGCAAUCAACGAGACAUGAAGCAAGACGCUAAUGCUGUGGCAGCUGGGCUCGGAAUCGGACUCCCUUCCGGAGAUGUUAUGAUGGGUUCGUCUCCUUUGUUUGGGAACAAGCCAACCACGCUUGAUCUUCUUGGGCUGGGCAUAGGUGCUGGCUCUGCUUUGCUAAAUUCCUAUGGUGGCAGCUUCAAUGUAGGAGCAGCUGCAGUUUCUGCUGUAGCAACUCCAUACGGAGGAGGGAGCUCUAAAGAAACAUGGGAUGCUGCAGCCGAGAAAAAGCCAAGUGGUUCAGCCUUGUAUUAGAGAGCUUCACUUUUUCCAUGUAUUUUUGUCAACGGUGAAAAAGUUGAGCUCUUACAUCUCUCUUGCUUUCCAAUGGCUGAUACCCUUUUGUUUCUCAAAAAUAAAGGCCAGAGAAGGUCCAUGGAAUAGUUUUAGUUAGUAUUCAAAUAUAUGUACAUACUAAUUUUUGGUCC